UACUUCUAAUCCUAAAAUUUGAUGAAAGUUGGAAAAAUGGCAACUUUAUUAAAGAUGACCAAAAAUAUCUUUGAAUAUGCGAAGCAUCUCUUUAGUCAGCUAAAUAUUUCGCAGCUGUAAUGUACAUAUCUGACGUUUGUCGGAAGAUUGAUUAAAGAAAUAUUCUUAACAGUGUUUUUUGGCAUUCGUUUUGAAUAUUAUUUUUAGAAUAUGAACGAUUUUCGAAAAGAGAUCAAUUUGUUAAGAGAAUAACUAAAAUUGAUUUGAAUUAAAGUAAAUAAGUUUAUAUUAGAGUAAAUAAGUGAUCAAUGAAGAUAGAAAAUUGUUAUUAAAAAGGUUGAGCGUUUGCUCGGUUAUGUUUAAAAUGUUUAUCAACAAAAUGAUUGCAAUUCUCUGCAUGGCAGUUGCGUAUCGCAGGGCAAUGGCGUCGAUUCCAACGAAAGAUCUGGUGAAUGACGUUGACGAUUGGUGGCGACAUGCUGUGUUUUAUCAAAUUUAUCCUCGCUCUUUUAUGGAUACAAAUUUUGAUGGAAUUGGAGAUUUAAGAGGUAUAACUCAUAAACUAACAUAUCUUCAUGAUACUGGUAUAACAGCGAUAUGGUUGAGUCCUAUAUUUCAAGCAGAGACGGACAAUUUUGGGUAUGGUAUAGCGAAUUAUAAAGACAUACAUCGCGAUUAUGGAACCAUGCAAGACUUUGAGGAAUUAACAAGGAAGGCGAAACGCUUGAAUAUAAAAAUUCUAUUGGAUUUUGUUCCUGAUCACACAUCAGAUCAAUGUUUGUGGUUUAAAAAGUCUUCCUCACGGGAAAAAGGCUACGAAGAUUUGUACGUAUGGGCUGACGGUAGAAUAGAUGAAAAUACGGGAGAACGGCAACCACCCAAUAAUUGGAAUUCUCUUCUGCAUGGAUCUGCUUGGUCUUGGCAUCCGAAACGCCAGCAAUAUUAUUUACAUCAACAUACAGCACAACAACCGGAUUUGAAUUUUCGCAGUCCAGCUCUGAUAGAAGCUAUAGACGAUGUCUUGUUAUUCUGGCUGGAUAAGGGCGUGCAGGGUUUUCGUAUGAUUGCGACAAAUUAUUUAUAUAAUCCUUCUCAAUUCAUAGAUGAACCUUUAAGGGGGAAGACCAACAAUCGUGACCAGUAUGAUUUUACUGAAAACAUCUACAGCAAGGAUCAGUCCGAAGUUUUUGAAAUGCUUUACCAUUGGCGUUCACUGCUGGACGAAUAUUCUCUUCAAAAUGGUGGCCCUUGCCGUAUUCUGAUGACGGAUGCUCCCACUGACUUGAAAUUACUUGCGAAUUAUUACGAAAGCGAUGAGGGUUUAAUGGGCGCCCAUAUACCUGUUAACUAUCUAUUAUUAAGUGAUAUAACGGAUAAAUCAGACGGUCGUGACUUUGCCUUCAACAUACAAAAAUGGUUAAUAUGUAUGCCAGGCGGUCAUACAGCAAAUUGGAUUAUGGGUAGUCAUGACCAGCCAAGAAUUGGCUCCAAAUUUAGUUUAGAUAGCGUUGACGCCAUAAACAUGUUGUUGAUGACUCUGCCCGGCAUUGCGGUGACAUAUAGUGGUGAAGAACUUGGCAUGCAAGACUAUCGUGCUAUCAAAUGGCAGGACACUAAAGAUCCGGUUGCUUUAAGUAUGGGUCCGAAGUUUUAUCAAAGCAUAUCUAAAGAUCCUGUCCGUACGCCCUUCCAAUGGAGUGCGGAAAAGAACGCAGGAUUUACGAAACUACCUCGAACUUGGCUUCCCGUGCAUCCUAACUACGAAGACCUUAAUCUUAAAACGCAAUUGGACGAUGAGAAAAGUCACUAUAAGGUCUAUAAAUCAUUGAUACAACUUAGACAAGAAGUCGUAUUGAGAGAGGGACGAUGUCAAGUAGAAGUGAUAAAUAAAUGGGUAUUCGCUGUAAUAAGAUCUCUCAAAAAUCACCGCAGUUUUAUAACCUUGAUAAAUGUGGGUUCGAAGCCGCAGCUGAUUAAUGUCUUCAAUAUAUUGGACGAUGUUAAACAUCUAAGAAUUUUGAUAACUGGCGUUUAUUCUAACUAUAAUGUCGGUUUUUUAAUAACAGCAGAUUAUUUACCCAAAAUACGUUUGGCGCCGCAUGAAGGAAUUGUUUGCAUGGCAGCAUGAAAUUCUUAAUUAAUAAAUGCUUUUGCUUCGUUAAAAGACUAAAGCAUGCGUGGGAACUGCAAGCAUGUAUUUCAUUUAGCAAUAAAUUGGCCGCGAUAAAAGAUAUCUAUACCUAGUGUGCAAACAUUUUAAUGGAAUUUCCUUAGAGAGAUACUUCAGGUGUUGUAGACAGAAGAUCUCUGGCAAACGUCGCACCUCUACCAUUAUUAUUUACACGUGCGAAUAGAGACGACGUCAGUUAGGCUACUCUGUCUGUUUGGAGCCAAUGAACACAAGCAAGCAUGUAUGAGUAUGUGUUCGCAAGUGAAUGCUGUCAUAGAACAUCCCUCUUAAGUGUAGAAUGCUUUUAUUACAUAAAAAAAAGAAAAUAAUUAAAUUAGCUUAGAGCGAUUUUUCUUGCACCUCACCAUAAUAUAUAUAAUCUGGAGUAACGCUGUGAUCAAGAGCUGCAGAUAAUUAGGUCGUUGGGUCUGCCAAUCUUACAUUUGUAAUUGCGAGGGAUUUCUCUCUCUCGAUUUUCUAAACGGCCUGAGCUAGUCAAAAUUUUAUUUAGUUCCUCCGCUGACCUUAAUUUCUUGUUCCCUCUCCAUCACUAAUGGUAAUCACCUAAUGAUUAGAAUAUUCUGUAGAGCAGCGGGGAAGGCGUACUUGUCGUUGACUUAUUUGGUCCUACGAGUUCGUGUGUUACGUUCGCCCUGUGCUACGUUUGCUUGUGAGUAAAGCAUUGUAUCAUAUGGUGGUUCUUCGCAAGUCAUAGCUUUCCGUAACCACUUUGCUCAGACCGAAUAUGAUAAGUGUUUCGGAAUGCGAAAAGAUCUUCAAAAGAUUCCUAAGUUUUGUUAUCGCGGGGAAACGUUAAUGUAAAUAUUAGGGAGUGAAUUUUUUAUUAACGGAAGGCUGUUUUGAAUUGAAGGACGAUAUCAUAUGGUUAUCAUACGUGAAGUAAAAUUUUAACUGGUCCAAAAAUUUUGUUUUUUCCGAACAUAGUGGCAGAAUUGCGUGCAUUUGAAACCUCCGAAGUCUUUUUCUCGAAACGCUAUCUCCUAAAGCGGCUACAUGUUAUUUGCUAACAAACGUCUGCCUUUUUGGCCGAAGAUUGCAACGAUUGAUUCAAACAUCCCUCAAUCACAUAAAAGUUAAUAUUUCCAAAAUCCAUAAGUGCUAGCUAUAGACAAGUGCAGUAAAUAAUUUUCUUUCAUGUUCAUAUUUCCUGCUUUCUACACUGCUUGCCAUAGAUCCCAUUAAAUUAAAGAUUCCAGGCGACCAUACUGCACUAUAUGACAAAGUAAAUAACUAUAAAUGUUAAAGAGUGCUUGAAAAUAUAU